UUUUAUACAUUUUUUUUUUGUGUUUUUGAUCUGGUUUUGUGCUUAUUAUGAAAGUUUAUUGAUUUUUUUCAAGAUGUCCGAUUACGAAAUCACAAAAUUUGAGCUACGCGUAUUGCUCUGUCAUUAUUGGAGAAGCAAUUUGUGACGUUGAAGGUGAAGACAGGCCACGUUCCGGACGACCAACGAUUUUAGAUGAAGAAGACUUGCAAGCCGCUUUGGAUCUUGAGCCGUCAUCAAACACACUCGAAUUGGCUGAAGAACUUGGUGUCGAUCAAAAGACAGUUUGCAAUUAUCUCAAACAACUUGACUUUGUUCACAAAAAGCCACGACAAGAUUCACACGAGUUGACCGAAGCGUAA